ACAACUUUUCUUACAGCGCAAUUGGAAGCGAGAGUUUAGGCAGGCAGGCCGAGAAGAGAACCCCUAAAUAACCUCUCUCUGCUGCUCUCUUCGUUUUCUCUCGCUCCCUUGCAAAAAUGGAUUCUCAUAGACAACAGUCACUGAUCCCUAGCUUCCUCUACUCCUCUUCUUCCUACGCUAAGACUCUCACCCUCUCUACGCUCCUCCACUCCGAUCAACCUUCUCUUUCUCCGUCGUUAACCCCGGCUAUGGGGAGGAAGAGCAGUGGCGGAUUUGUGAUCCCGGCUCCGAGUGAGCCUGGGAAAAGGAUCGAGAUGUACUCACCUGCUUUCUAUGCUGCUUGUACUGUUGGUGGUAUUCUUAGCUGUGGACUUACUCAUACGACUGUUACUCCUCUUGACCUUGUCAAGUGUAAUAUGCAGAUUGACCCUGCCAAGUACAAGAGCAUCUCAUCUGGUUUUGGAGUUCUACUCAAGGAGCAAGGAGUGAGAGGCUUCUUCAGGGGUUGGGUGCCUACCCUUCUUGGUUACAGUGCUCAGGGGGCCUGCAAAUUUGGAUUCUAUGAGUUCUUUAAGAAGUACUACUCUGAUCUUGCUGGGCCUGAGAAUGCAGCCAAGUACAAGACCUUGAUUUACCUUGCUGGUUCCGCGUCUGCUGAGGUGAUUGCAGAUAUUGCUCUUUGCCCCUUUGAGGCGGUGAAGGUUCGAGUUCAAACUCAGCCUGGGUUUGCUAGAGGCUUGUCUGAUGGAAUGCCUAAGUUUGUGAAAGCUGAAGGUGCUCUUGGGUUGUACAAAGGUAUCGUUCCUCUCUGGGGUCGCCAGAUACCAUAUACAAUGAUGAAGUUUGCAUCUUUUGAGACUAUUGUAGAGAUGAUCUACAAGUAUUCCAUCCCCGUGCCAAAGGACCAGUGCAGCAAGUCUCUGCAGCUUGGUGUUAGCUUUGCUGGUGGUUAUGUUGCUGGUGUGUUUUGUGCUAUUGUGUCACAUCCCGCAGAUAAUCUUGUCUCUUUCCUGAACAAUGCUAAAGGGGCAACUGUUGGUGAUGCUGUGAAGAAGCUAGGUGUGUGGGGUCUGUUCACUCGUGGGCUGCCUCUCCGUAUUGUCAUGAUUGGAACACUUACCGGAGCUCAGUGGGGAAUCUAUGAUGCAUUCAAAGUUUUUGUGGGAUUGCCUACUACUGGUGGUGCUGCCCCUGCUGCUGCCCCCGCAAAGGUAUAAAGUUUCCGGAGUGGUUUGUAUUGUUCUAAUGGAACCUGGGAGAUCAUAUAGGGAUUAAUAAAUAUAGGAUCAGAGCUGCUUGAGUAAAUCCGAAGAAGCCAAGGGAGAUUAUUCUUUUACAUUCAAGACUCAUUGUCGAUUUUUGUCAUCUUGACUAAUUAUGGUUUUCCGGGGGAUAGUUUUGUUCCCAUCCUUCUCAGAUCAUGAAAACUUUUGCUAGUUAGAUCAUUUAUGGAAUUUCAGUUUGAUAUAAGGAUCUCAUCAUCCCCUCGCCAGGACAACCAAAAUAAUGGACAGAUAGGGAGAUGAUGUGUUUUGUCCUGUCCGAAUUUCUUUUGAGUGCUUAUGUGGGAACUUGCAUGUUAGUGGUCAUGUGAAUGCAUGGGAUUCGUAGCCCCCUUUUUACGGCA